AUGCCAUGCAAACCGCGACGAAAGAUAGCCCCAAUCCAGCAUUGUGGCGCCGAUUGUCCGUCCCCAAGCCCAAAUGGGAGAGGAAAGCACAUCAAUAGCAGAGAUUUUAGCCUAUUUAUCAGGAACAUUACUUUCGAUACAUCAAUGGAAGACCUCUUCCAGAUCUUCAUCAAAUUUGGGAAGGUCAUAGACAUGUACAUUCUGAAGCUUCCGGGGACUCUCAAGCUGAGAGGCUAUGGCUUCGCUCGAUUCAGAUACGAGCAGGAGGCAAAGAAUGCCACGGAUGUUCUAAAUGGCAAGAGGAUUGAUGGCAGAAUAGUAGAGAUUAGAUGGGCCUGA